AUGAUUGGGAAGAACUGGGGAUCUUUGUGCAUGGAGCAACUCUCCUUCUGUCUAUUCCUGAGUGUCUGCUGUGACUGGUGGUAUCAUCCAGUCAGCUCAGCUAAACCGAAAGGUCAAGGACAUCCCCACAUGAACUCUAUCCGUCUGGAUGGGGAUAUCACCCUUGGAGGCCUCUUCCCUGUCCAUGGGAGGGGCUCUGAGGGCAAGGCAUGUGGUGAGCUGAAGAAAGAGAAGGGGAUUCACCGCCUAGAGGCUAUGCUUUUUGCUCUGGAUCGCAUCAACAACGAUCCUGACUUACUCCCCAAUAUCACCUUGGGGGCUCGCAUCCUUGACACCUGCUCUCGAGAUACCCAUGCCUUGGAACAGUCCCUCACCUUUGUCCAGGCCUUGAUUGAGAAGGACAGCACAGAGGUGCGCUGUGUCAAUGGUGGGCCACCUAUCAUCACCAAGCCAGAGCGUGUGGUUGGGGUGAUUGGCGCUUCCGGCAGCUCCGUCUCCAUCAUGGUUGCCAACAUAUUGCGCCUCUUCAAGGUAAGUGUGUGAGCUUCCUCUUCUCCUUUUCCACCUCCUCCUUUCACUGCACAGGAUCAUUUGCAAUUCAAUCCUUUUUCUCCUUCCCGCCGCAGCUGCUAAAAUCACCACCAGCGACUGUUAAGUGGAAAAAACAUUAAAGUAGUUUUUACAAUAAUUAUACAGGCUAAGUUCUUGCUCCCUGGCGGGGAAAAGGGAGGAGAACAGAAUCUCUUUCUGCGUCUCUGUGGGUGUUUAAAGAGCUCCCUGUCUCCCUUGGGGAGGCUGACCCUUCCUCUCCCUUCCAACCAUGAUAUUUUGAGCAGGGUUUCUCCCCUCCCCCCUUCUGCAUCUGCCACUUGUGUGAGGGAAAGCUGGUGAGUCGAUGCCAUUAGAUAUUGUGGGGAGGGCGUUCUUCAGCGUGGAGAAGGGUGGAGGGAAUUAUAUGGUUCAUUUUACAGCUGAGAAGAAUAUUCAUGCUGCGUGUAUCCCAGAAGCUGCUGUGGGAGGGUGAGGGGGUGUGGAGAAUGAGAGACUUGCUCCGUGAAAGCAUUUAUAAACCAGCAUGAGGGGAAAGACCUUCUUCUAAUGCACGUGGUAAUUUCUAACCCUGGGGGGAUGCAGUUGGCUCUAGGGGCAUGUGACGGACAUCUCCCUGGCCUAAUUUACCUCAGAAUAUCCAGCACUAGGGUACCCAGAAGAAUUAUCUCAUACCUCUCAUUCCAAAAAUUCUCAGUCACAUUGACAUCAACAUAUCCCCCCCCCACUACAAUUUUGUUUAAAAAAAUAGUGCUGGGUGGAAUUGCAAAGUGUAUCAUGAGAGGGGGUGUGUUCCUCUUAAGAGAAAAUAAUUGUGUUCAUGGAAUUACUACUCAUGUGGCAGACUCGCUGUGUAAGGCAGCACACCUGACAUUGCUGAUGUGUUUUAAAUUCCAAUGUAAACCAGCGGUUUCUGUACUGUAAUACCAGUAUCUAUGGGUCUAAUGGGAGCAAGUGGCAUUUGGCAAAUUUCAUAUCAGGAGUGGGAAACACUUUUCAGCCUGAGGGUCAAAUGCCUUUCUGAUCCACCUUCUGAGGGCAGCAUGCCACUGGAGGCUGCUCUUUCGCCAGAGGCAAAAGUGGGCACAGCAACAAAUGUAAAAUUUUGCCUUUAUACAGUGUGCUUUCUCCACAUGGGAAGCGGGUGGUGCUGUGGGUUAAACCACAGAGCCUAGGGCUUGCCGAUCAGAAGGUUGGCGGUUUGAAUCCCAGCGAUGGGGUAAGCUCCCGUUGCUCGGUCCCAGCUCCGGCCAACCUAGCAGUUCGGAAGCACCUCAAAGUGCAAGUAGAUAAAUAGGUACCACUCCGGCAGGAAGGUAAACGGCGUUUCUGUGCACUGCUCUGGUUCGCCAGAAGCGGCUUAGUCAUGCUGGCCACAUGACCCGGAAGCUGUACGCCGGCUCCCUCGGCCAAUAAAGCGAGAUGAGUGCUGCAACCCCAGAGUCGGUCACGACUGGACCUAAUGAUCAGUGGUCCCUUUACCUUUACCUUCUCCACAUACUCUCAGAAAACCCUCCCUGCUUCCAUCCAGGGAAGCAAGAGGAUCUGUCAGAGUUCAAGCACACAUUCCAGCCAGGCACUCGAGGAGGGUGUGAGGCAAGGCCAGGGGGGUGGGGGAUGUGGUAUGGUCUGGAGAAAGUCCCAAGGGCCAGCCCGUGAGCCCUGGAGGGUCACAUUCAGCCCUGAAGCCUGACGUUCCCUGCCCUUGUUUUAGCUUAAUAGUCAUGAACCCCUGUUACACAAAUGUCUGUGUGGAGUUUGGGUGUGGAUUGUGUAAUGGAUACAAUGGGUUCAGUGCCUGACCUCUCAGCCCUUCAUUUAAAAAGGUUUUAAUACUACUUAUUAAUUUGGUCAGUGGACAGUGGUCAGUUGAUUUCCUGCCACGUUCUUCUUCUGUGUUGGAGUUGUCAUUCUGUCUAAUGCCUUAAGGCAGCUGCUCUUGAGCUCUUUUCCAGUUUGGCACUGGAACUGUGUUUGUACGUAUCAGUGGCACUGUUAGGUAUGGACCCCAGAGUAGAAGAUCAGAGUAGUGCCACUUCACUGGAUGAUGCGGGUGAGGAGGCAUCUGCAGCAGCAUGGGGAAAUGUGCUGUGA